CCUCACACCGCCACCUACUUAAGGCCGCAGCGACUGUGGGAGAGCAUCAGUUUCACAACGAUCCCACUACAGUCAACAUGAAGCUGUUCAUCAUCGCUGCUCUGGCCCUGGUGGCCGUCGCCGACCGGCCCCAGCCUUCCUACAGGCCCCGUCCCACCUACGCUGCCCCGACCUACGCUGCCCCGACCUACGCCCCGGCCCCGACCUACAAGCCCCAGCCCAAGUACGCUCCUGCCCCGUCCUACGGCCACUCGAGCUACAAGCCGAUCGCUAUCCUGGAGCAGGAGGACGUCCACCCCGGGGAUGGCACCUACAGCUCCAAGUUCUCCACCGAGAACGGCAUCUACAGGUCUGAGACUGGCGUGCCCGUCGCCGGCUACGGCAAGAACGCCUACGGCGAGUCGGAGGACCUCUACCGCCAGGAGGGCUCCUGGAGCUACACCAACGGCUACGGCGAGGAGGUCAAGGUCGCCUUUGUCGCCGACGAGAACGGCUACCAGCCGUCCAGCGACAUCCUGCCCACCCCGGUGCCCACCGAGUACCCGACCCCCGAGGUGGACCCCGCCUACGUCGAGCCCCAGCCCAGCUACGGCAAGCCCGCCUACCAGCCGACUUACAAGCCCGCCUAUAACUAAGCUGUUCAUAUUGUGCGUGUAAAUUGCCCAUGGCAAUUGUUAGCUCAAUAUCCCACGCAUUAUUUAUAUAUUUAUUCAUGCAAACUUCAUGUUGUUUGGUUGUUUGUGUAAAAUACACCUCAGCAUUUA